ACCGGAGGCGCAAGGCCGAAUGCGACGAAAGGACGCGUCGCACGCGCACAUUACGUGCCGAAGAGCGACACCGCCCCCUCCGCGUUGUCGCGGCGAAUAAAUUUCAAAAGUGGCAACAAGCCCGCCCGCGUUUCAUUGUCCCUGCGAAGACUGUUCGUCGAGUAUAUUUCAGACUGGAAAAUGGUGAAGUUGAACGCGAGUGUUCAUCCCAGUCUAUCCGAGACAGUGACGGAGAAUUUGAGGCGAAGAAAUAUGGUUACAACCGCCGAUUUCAUCGCAGCGGAUUCUGUGGAGUUGGCGGCAUUCACCGGCCUUUCUCAUGCGGAAAUAUUGCAAGUGAAGCAGCACAUAUUGAAGGAAUUUGGAUAUACAAAAAGGAGUGGUCUUGAUCUUUUUGUAGCAGAGAAGAACGUGAUAUCGACUGGUGUAACAUGCUUGGAUGAGUUACUGAGAGGUGGCUUGUGUCCUGGGUGUUUGUGUGAAUUGUGUGGUUCAUCAUCUUCUGGAAAAACUCAGUUGUGCUUGACGAUAGUUGCCAAUGUUGCUGCCACUCAAUCAGACAUUAUUGUGUGGUAUUUUGAUACGAAGAAGGACUUUUCUAGAUUAAGAUUUGAAGAGAUAUUAAAAGCAAGGAAUUUUGGGCAGGAGAUCAUAAAGGAAGCGAUGCAACAUACUAAAGUUUGUCAUGUACAUUCGUUUAGUGAGUUAAUACAAGAUUUACGGCAGCUGUUGGCUCUUUACAAAACAGAAAAAUACUCACUGAAAGAAAAGAGGUUUCUCGUGAUCAUUGACUCUUUAACAGCGAUCAUCUUUGAGACGACGCGGCAGAUGCAACAGAAGACCUGCGAAUCGAUCUAUCAGCUGGACGAACUAGCGGAGGUGUGUCGAUUUCUUAUAUUCGAAUGUCGGGCGACCGUAGUCACGGUGAACUCCGUCAGCCGUUGGAAUUCUACAAACGGAGCGAAACCUGCUGACGUCACGCCAGCAUUGGGUAAAUACUGGAUUCCUAUACCAGCCACGAGAUUGCUGCUGGCGAGACAACAGCACGGCGAGAUCAGAAAGAUCACCGUUUUGAGGGAUCCACGAGUAAAGUGGGAGGACUCAUGCACCGUGAAUGUGUGCGGUGCCGGUGUAACGUCGAGAUAAAGCACAAAGGAUGAUGCCAUUUCGAUGAAUGCAUUCGCAAUAAGUCCCAGUGAAUAUCACUGAGACCUAUUAUGAAGAGAUAUUCAGGUAUAAAAUCUUGAGAGAUUAUGCUGAUUCAUUUGGACUACUGCGGUCUUACAAUUAUGUCGACUCAUAAUUGUUAGAAAAUUUGAUACCUUCAAAGUAAUUUAAACGUCAACAAAAUGAUCGGCAAUCUGGAGUCUUCCAGCAAUGCGCAACGAGUUUAGGUUUGAAGUACAAUAAGUGUUAGUUAGAAGUUACGUAACGGUGUCAGGCUUAAAGCAAAAGGCUAAAGGAUUCGCCGUAUCUACUGUAGGUCGAACCUUACACUAUAGUAAAAUAAUACUUUAAGUAAUAACAUGGCCAACGGCUGUAAGAACGAAACUGGACGUUGGGCAACUACUAUAAGCUCUCUGAUUGCUGGUCAUUUUAAUGCAUCGAGGUAACGGUGAUUGAGUGGAGAAGGAUGAUUUCGAUCGGUCGAUUUUGAUUUUAUUUCCUUGCCGACACACAAUGCACAAUACGUUCCGUUUAUUCCUCCGUCGACGAACGGCGUGCAUGAUCGCGAGUAUUACGGUUUCUUCUUUUUUUUUUUGUUCGUUUCUCA